AUGUCAACAGCAGUAUAUUAUCCAGAAGAAAAACACAGUUUACCUUCAUUAUCAUCAAUUAUGAAUAAUCAAACUAAUGAUGAAUUAUUUUCCAAUGCUUCGCAGCCAUCCACUGCUAACACAACACCAGCUUCAAGUUUUAGUGGUAAAAGUGGAGUACCUGAUAGUCAUUUAAUGGGAUUAAAUCAAGUUAAUCAAGUUAAUAUGAACGGUUUAAAUAAUUUAAAUAUUGGUAAAUGUACUUGUAAAAGUAAUGCUAAUAGAAUUCCAAGACCGAGAAAUGCUUUUAUAUUAUUUAGACAAAAGUAUCAUCAAAGUGUCUUAGAAGAAGGUUCAGUAAUUAGAACUAAUCCUGAAGUUAGUAGAGAAUUAGGUAGAAGAUGGAGAGCAUUAUCAAAUGAAGAUAGAGAACAUUGGAAUCAAUUAGCUGAAGAAGAAAAGACUAAUCAUGCUAAGAAGUAUCCUGGUUAUAGAUACACACCUAGAAGAAAUGGUAAGAAUAAAAACUGUGAAUUCUGUAAGCAAAAGAAUUUAAGACAACAGCAAAUUCAAUUACAUAAUCAACAAUUAUUACAAUUACAAGAUCAAUAUUAUAUGAAUCAUCAACAACCACCACCACCACAACAAGGACAAAAUCAAUUAGGUCCUCAAUCAUUCCAACAUCCUCCACCACCACAACAAUUCAAUCAACAAAAUAACUCCAUGUACAAUUAUCCAUUCAAUAAUCAAUUACCAAUUAACAACAUGCAAUUCUUCAUACCUUCAAACUUAAAUCCUAUACAAACUAAUUUUGUUUAUAACCAGGAUGAUAAAUUAAGUCCUCUUUCACAACCAUUUGAACAACAACUUCCUAAUCAACCAAAUAAUGGACAAUUCAAUAAUCCACAAUUUGCAAUUGGUUAUGAAAGAUAUAACUUACCAAAUCCUUAUGGUUUUGAAAACAAUUACAGUAAUUAG